GAAGUUGUGACGUGUGUUACAUUAAUCAGAGCUCGUCAGUAGCUCUUUCAGGGCAUGCUGUUUAACCUGACAAGCUCCACGUUCAGUGUCAAACGUGAAGGCGCGGUUGGGGUUUGAUGGUGUUGCAGCUGCUGUCCAUUAGUUCAAAGAGAAAAGUGCAAUAAUGGACGAUUUUAGCUCGAUCAGCCUGCUGUCUUUGGCGAUGUUGGUGGGGUGCUAUGUUGCCGGGACUAUCCCUUUGGCCGUGAACUUCUCAGAGGAGAAGCUGAAGCUGGUCACUGUGAUGGGAGCAGGGCUGCUCUGUGGGACUGCACUGGCUGUCAUCAUUCCUGAAGGAGUCCACGCACUUUAUGAAGAAAUCCUUGAAGGUGGACACCACCACAGUCCUGGUCAGGUUGGAGUCGUGGAAGCCUCGGAGACGAAGGCUGAAGUAGAAGCAGCUCUUGAUGCUACUGGGAAACACGAGCACAGCCACGAGGAGCUCCAUGCCUGCAUCGGCAUCUCUUUGGUCCUGGGCUUCGUCUUCAUGCUGCUCGUGGACCAAAUAGGCAGUUCUCAUGUCCACAACGCUGAAGAUCCAGAGUCGGCAAGAGCCGCCAGCUCUAAGAUCACCACCACUCUGGGUCUUGUGGUCCACGCUGCCGCUGAUGGCGUGGCACUGGGAGCUGCUGCCUCGACGUCUCAGACCAGCGUCCAGCUCAUCGUCUUUGUAGCCAUCAUGCUGCACAAGGCUCCAGCUGCGUUCGGACUGGUUUCCUUCCUGAUGCACGCCGGUCUGGAGAGGAACCGCAUCCGUAAACACCUGCUGGUCUUCGCCUUGGCUGCUCCUGUUCUGGCAAUGAUCACGUUCUUAGGCCUCAGUCAGAGCAGCAAAGAGGCGCUCUCCAACAUCAACGCCACCGGCGUGGCCAUGCUCUUCUCGGCCGGCACCUUCCUCUACGUGGCCACCGUCCACGUCCUCCCCGAGGUGGGGGGCAUCGGCCACAGCCACAACCCUGCAGGUGGGAAUGGAGGGAAGGGACUGAGCAAGGUGGAGGUGGGGGCUCUGGUUCUGGGCUGCCUCAUUCCCCUGGUGCUGUCCAUUGGUCACCACCAUUAG